AUGUCUCUUUCUAAGAAGUUAACUUUGGACAAACUGGAUGUUAAAGGGAGGCGAGUCAUCAUGAGAGUAGACUUCAAUGUUCCCAUGAAGAAGAACGAGAUUACAAACAACCAGAGAAUCAAAGCUUCCAUCCCAAGCAUCAAGUACUGCCUAGAUAAUGGAGCGAGGUCAGUAGUUCUUAUGAGUCAUUUAGGUCGACCUGAUGGUGUUCCCAUGCCUGAUAAAUACUCCCUAGAGCCAGUUGCUGCUGAGCUCAAAUCCUUGCUGGGCAAGGAUGUUCUGUUUCUAAAGGACUGUGUGGGCCCAGAAGUGGAGAAAGCCUGUGCCAACCCGGCUGCUGGUUCAGUCAUCCUACUAGAGAACCUGCGCUUUCACCUGGAGGAAGAAGGAAAAGGCCAAGAUCUUUCUGGAAAUAAGCUUAUAGCUGAACCAGGUAAAAUAGAAGCCUUUCGAGCAUCACUCUCCAAACUAGGGGAUGUAUAUGUCAAUGAUGCUUUCGGCACUGCUCACCGGGCCCACAGUUCGAUGGUGGGAGUGAAUCUUCCCCAGAAGGCAUCUGGAUUCCUGAUGAAAAAGGAGCUAGAGUACUUUGCCAGAGCCUUAGAAAACCCAGAGAGACCCUUUCUGGCUAUACUUGGUGGAGCCAAAGUGGCAGACAAAAUCCAACUGAUCAAAAAUAUGCUGGACAAGGUCAAUGAGAUGAUAAUAGGUGGUGGAAUGGCUUACACCUUCCUUAAGGUACUCAACAACAUGGAGAUUGGUGCGUCCCUCUUUGAUGAAGAGGGGGCCAAGAUUGUCAAAGAUAUCAUGGCUAAAGCUAGUAAGAAUGGUGUGAACAUUACCUUUCCUACUGACUUUGUCACUGCUGACAAGUUUGAGGAGAAUGCUAAGGUUGGCCAAGCCACUGUAAAAUCAGGCAUACCUGCUGGCUGGAUGGGUUUGGACUGUGGUCCUGAGACCAACAAGAAGUAUGCUCAAGUUGUGGCCCACGCUAAGGUAAUUGUGUGGAAUGGACCUGUAGGGGUAUUUGAAUGGGAUGCCUUUGCUAAUGGAACAAAAGCCCUCAUGGAUGAAAUUGUGAAGGCCACUUCCAGGGGCUGUAUCACCAUUAUAGGAGGUGGAGACACUGCUACUUGCUGUGCCAAAUGGAACACUGAAGAUAAAAUGAGCCACGUGAGCACUGGAGGAGGUGCUAGUCUGGAACUUCUGGAAGGUAAAGUCCUUCCUGGCGUGGAAGCCCUCAGCAACCUAUAG